ACAUGACGAAACCUAUAUUCUUGUGUAAGUGAGAAAGAAUCAGCGAGGAUAUAUCUCUUAUUAAGAGAGAGAAAGCUAAGCACAAGAAGAAAAUCAGAAGAAGAUUAAGAUGGAAUGGAAGAAAUAUUACUUGGAUGUGAUAUUGGUGCCAUUAGGAUUUAUGAUAACAAUUGGUUAUCAUGUAUGGUUAUGGCAUAAGGUUCGGACACAGCCUUCUUCCACCAUUAUUGGAAUCAAUACUCAUGCUAGACGCUUUUGGGUCCCUGCCAUGAUCAAGGACAUUGAAAAGAAGAACAUCUUAGCAGUCCAAACUCUUCGGAAUCUAAUAAUGGGGUCAACUCUUAUGGCCACAACAUCCAUUCUCCUCUCAGCAGGCUUGGCCGCAGUCAUAAGCAGUACAUACAGCAUAAAGAAGCCUCUAAACGACGCCGUUUAUGGAGCUCACAGCGAGUUCAUGGUAGCACUCAAAUACGUCACACUCCUUACACUAUUCUUGUUCUCAUUUGUCUGCCACACUCUCUCAAUUAGAUUCCUCAACCAGGUUAGCAUGCUCAUAUGUACACCUCAAGAUGUGGUGUCAAUGGUGACACCGGAAUAUUUAAGUGAUCUGUUGGAGAAGGGGACAAUCUUGAACACCGUGGGCAACAGGCUGUUCUACUCGGCGGUGCCGCUGGUACUUUGGAUUUUUGGCCCUGUUCUUGUUUUCUUGAGCUCUGUUGCUAUGUUGCCUGUGCUAUACAAUCUUGAUUUUGUGUGUGGUGAUGCCAAGGGUAAUAAGGCAGUGGUGAGGAGUACUUGUGACAAAGGAGAUGGCUAUGUUUAAUUUGAUGAAUCGAUCAAUCUGUCAA